CUUACUCCCUUCCAUAAAAGAUAUUUUCGUCCUGACAGAUCUGACUCAGUUUCUUUUUAUAUUCCCACCAUUUCCUAAAGCUUCCUCCAACAAUCACGGUGAUUGGACUUCAUCCCAAAUCGGAAAUACCAAAAGAUGAGCUGCUGGUGGUCUGGAGCUAUUGGUGCUGCUAAGAAAAAAUUAGAAGAUAAUGUUCCACAAAAUUAUGAAAGCGUUGCUCUAAUUGUCGGAGUCACUGGCAUCGUCGGCAAUAGCCUCGCUGAGAUCCUCCCUCUGGCCGACACCCCCGGCGGUCCUUGGAAGGUCUACGGUGUUGCCCGCCGCCCUAGACCGUCGUGGAAUGCCGACCACCCUAUUGAGUAUAUUCAGUGUGAUAUAUCGAAAUCAGAAGAUACCCAAUCCAAACUCACUCUUCUCACUGAUGUCACCCACGUUUACUAUGUUUGUUGGGCAAAUCGAUCUACAGAGCUCGAAAACUGUGAAAUCAACGGUAAAAUGUUUCAAAAUGUGCUCGAUGCUAUCAUCCCAAAUUGCCCCACUUUGUCUCAUAUCUGUUUGCAAACGGGUCGAAAGCACUAUCAUGGUUCAUUUGAAUUGUUCGGAAUAGUAGCCCAUGAUACACCACAUCAUGAGGGUUUGCCCCGUUUACCCAUACCCAAUUUCUACUACACUCUUGAGGAUAUUUUGUUUGAAGAGGUGAAGAAAAAAGAAGGAUUAACAUGGUCAGUACAUAGGCCUGGACUAAUUUUUGGUUUUUCACCAUACAGUUCGAUGAACAUUAUUGCAAGUCUAUGUGUUUAUGCAGCUAUAUGUAAACACGAGGGUUUGCCAUUGAGAUUUCCAGGUUCUAAAUCAGCGUGGGAUGGGUAUUCAGAUUGUUCGGACGCAGAUUUAAUUGCCGAGCAUCAAAUUUGGGCAUCGGUGGAUCCAAACGCAAAGAAUGAGGCAUUUGAUGUGAGCAAUGGAGAUGUGUUCAAGUGGAAACAUUUGUGGAAGAUUUUAGCUGAGGAAUUUGAAUUGGAAGUUGAGGAAUUUCAUGAAAGGAAGAAAUGUACAUUGGAGGAGAUGAUGAAGGACAAAGGACAAAUUUGGGAUGAGAUUGUGAAGGAGAAUGGAUUGGUAGCAAGUAAAUUGGAGGAGAUUGGAGGUUGGUGGUUUGUUGAUAUUGCUUUGGGUGGAGAGGGUCCAUUGGAUACUAUGAACAAGAGUAAGGAACAUGGCUUUUUGGGUUUUAGGAACACCAAAAAUGCCUUCAUUUCUUGGAUUUAUAAGCUCAAAGCCUACAAAAUUGUUCCUUAAUUAGAUUUGAUUUGUCGUUUGGAAUUUGUUAUGUCCGAAAUACUUAACGACUCUUUUGGUAGGAUAUUUAAGAAUAAUAAAGAAUAUGGUGUGUUAGUAA